AUGCAAUUUUCACUAAAUAUUGCUGCUAUUGCGCUAGCGCUAGCCACGGCCGCCGCCGCUGCACCUAUAGACUUUGCGGCACGGCCCACAUUCAUGCCAGGUCCAAUUGUGUCUGAUGGAUCGUACACCGGCUACAACCCAUUCAAGGCCGUUGUCUCAACGUCCACAUCGGAUAACUAA